AUGUUACGUAACAAAUACGGAUUUCCUGAGAAUCAUCUGGAGUUCUUCUUGGCUGGUCAGCCUCUCAUGGACUUCCAAAGGGUAGUCGACUGUGGAUUUCUUGAAUGCGCUGUUGAUCUUGUUUUCAAGAACAUUGUGGGAAUGAAAUUAUUUGUCAAACUACCAUCUAGUACCAUUGAGAUUGAGGGAAAAGCAGAAGAUACCAUCCAAAAAGUAAAAGCAAUGAUUCAGGCUAAGGAGAAGAUUCAACCCGACCAAUUCACACUCGUCUAUGAUGGAAAGUUCCUUGAGGAGGACAUGACACUGGCCUCACUACGUAUGAAGAAUGAGUCGACUCUUUACAUGGUUUCUGCUCCUAAAUAUAUUCUUUCAAUAUCAGUGAAAGCACCUUCAGGAGAGACUUCUAAGUUCAAGGUUAAACCCUUGUUUACUGUUAGAGAUGUCAAAACUAUAGUUGAGAGCUAUACAGGUUGCUCAGUUAGUGAUCACAAUCUGAUCUAUUCCGGAAAUGAGCUUGAGGAUCUGAAGACAUUGGCUUUUUAUGACAUCGAGGAUGAAUCAGUAUUAGAGGUCUCACCUCGCUCAUUGCAGAUAUUUGUUAAAGUUUGUGAUGGCAAAAUUAUUGCUGUUGAUGUGAAGCAGAGUGAUAGUAUCAAAGAACUGAAGAGCAAGAUUUUUCGUAAGCUUUAUGUGUCAAUGAUGCCUUUUGAUUUCUAUAAGCUUGUGUUUCGCUGGGAACAGUUUGAUGAAGUUCGGGAUCUGGCAAGCUACAACAUCCAAAGAGGCAGCAAAUUUCGUUUGGUUCUCUCAUCAUCUGUUAUUGUAAGGGAUUAA